ACGGGGCCUUUGACAAUUGACCCGGAUAUCACAGAAUAUACCCGACCCAACACGCCCCAUUCCGGUGCAACUGGAACAAGUUGCCGUUUUGAUUGUCCUUAAUACGCCAAGGGACUUGUAUUUUAAUUUCCAUGCCAGUUUCUUCAAAUCAGUCAAUCUCCCGAUUUCCGAAGUGGGUUUUUGAGGAUGGUUCUGGUGUUGGCCUUGGGGGAUUUACAUGUACCCCACAGGGCACCUGAUCUGCCUGCAAAGUUCAAGUCCAUGCUUGUCCCUGGCAAGAUCCAGCAUAUCAUUUGCACUGGAAAUCUUUGUAUCAAGGAAGUUCAUGACUACUUGAAGACUCUUUGUCCUGACUUGCAUAUUACCAGAGGUGAAUAUGAUGAAGAAACACGCUAUCCAGAGACCAAAACACUAACCAUUGGCCAGUUUAAGCUGGGACUUUGUCAUGGUCAUCAGGUUAUUCCUUGGGGUGACCUAGACUCGCUAGCCAUGCUCCAGAGGCAGCUGGAUGUAGAUAUCCUUGUAACAGGUCACACACAUCAAUUCACAGCCUAUAAACAUGAGGGAGGUGUCGUGAUAAACCCAGGGUCUGCAACGGGUGCCUACAGCAGCAUCACUUAUGAUGUUAACCCUAGUUUUGUCCUCAUGGAUAUUGAUGGCCUACGCGUCGUGGUCUACGUGUACGAACUCAUUGAUGGAGAGGUUAAGGUUGACAAGAUCGAUUUUAAGAAGACAACCACUGCAAGUCACACUGCUCAUUGAAAACAGCUUCUUUUGUAGUCAUAUAGACAUUUUCUUCAUUUCUUUCUUUUAUUUUAAUGUUUUGUUGGGAUUUAGGUAAAUCUGGUGUUUCUGUGAUGCAUGGUGAUCACAUCAUUUGUGUAUGUGCAAGAUAGUGGAGACUCUUAACUUUUA